AUGGUCGAUUGCAAUAUCGAUGUUGCGGUGAAAAAGUACGUCGAAGAUCUGCAGGUGCCGUCGCACUAUUUGCAGGCGACGGAGAAGAUGAUUUGCUGUUGUAGAUACAAAUGGUCGUUGGAUGAUUUCGAGCUGGGAUUGAAGCUGGGACAGGGAAAGUUCGGGCGAGUGUUCAGCGGCAGGGAGAAGCGCACCGGCUACGUGGUUGCAAUUAAAACAUUGAUGAAAGUCGAAUUGGUGCGUGAGGGUGCCGAGGCUUUGGUCAUCAGAGAAGUCGAGAUUCAGUCGCAUCUGAAGCAUCCGAACAUCCUGCAACUGUUGACCUGGUUCCACGACGAUUUCCGCGUCUACCUGGUGCUCGAGUACGCGGGGCAAGGGGAGCUGUACAAGAGCUUGAAGGAGAGUCCUGGCGGUUACUUCAGCGAUCAUCUAGCGGCGAAGUACAUGUAUCAGGUGACGGACGCUUUGAACUACUGCCACACGAACCACGUCCUUCACAGGGACAUCAAACCGGAGAACAUUAUGCUGACCACCGAUGGUAACAUUAAGUUGGCGGAUUUCGGAUGGUCCGCGCAUUCACCUUCGAUGAAGAGGGACACGUUGUGCGGCACUCUGGACUACACUCCGCCGGAGAUGCUCGAAGGACGGAUGUACGGAAUCGGCGUGGAUCAGUGGUGUCUCGGUGAGGAUUCACUUGUGUCUGAUCAAUCAUGCUUUUUCAUAUGCAUUAAUUUCAGGUAUUUUGUGUUACGAGUUCGUGACUGGAUAUCCACCCUUCGAGAGUAAAACUGCUGCCGAGACUCAUCGCAAGAUCAAAAAAGUGGCUCUGACUUUCGCACUGGACAUUCACCCUGGA